CACAAGUCAGUUGUCAUGUUUCCCAACGCUGGCACCCGGAACCACACAGAGUUUGGAGGAGACCGCCCACGAGGGCAUCCAAGGUCCCCGCCAGUCUCAACAUCCAAAGUUGGACUUGUAGGAUCUCCGGGACAGAGCAAGGGACUUACGUAGGAGACCAUGCACCGAUAUCGCCCAUGCAGACUUUUUGACGACUCAACCCGAGGUGUCGGCAAGGAAGGACCGAGAAUCGACACCAGUUCAACCCCGGACCACGCAAAAGAGGGACAGGGGAGGAAGGGCAAGAACGGGUGUAAAGAUAAACAGGCAGUGAUAGCAAAUCCCGGGGAAUUAAACAAGUAAACUAGCAAUCAGAAGAGGGGAAGGCAACAGGGGACGAAGAUGG